AGUUGUAGAAAGUUCCCGCGCUCGAGGAAGUGAACGUUGUUUACUGUUUAUGCUAUGUCAAGCGUAUUUUUUAGUAAAUAAUAUAUAAUAUAUAAAUACAAACAUGCGAGAGUGAGGAGGUUAUCAAAAUCCAAGAUUUGUUUUAUUUUAUUUACCCCUAAGAAAGUUUUCGCGAACGUUUGAAUAAUCAAAGAUUCCGUUUCGCGUCGUCGUAUUUUUGCGUUCGUAAAGACGUCAAUGUCAACCAAUAAGCGCCAUUAUAGGUUAGAAGAUAAACUGUUUUUAUUUGAAAAAUGCAACAAGUUGUAUUUUCCUAAAACGUUUCAUAAUGAUAUUAUCAAAAUUAAAUUUGAAUUCCAAUAUUAGCCAGAAAAAGGAAUGUAUAAAAAUUUGUUUUUCCGUGUGAAAUUGUCCAUCCAAACUAAACAUGGGAGAAAAUAGAAGAGCUAGUGAGUGUAAACAAUUUUUGAGACGUUUAAGAGAAAAGGGAAAAGCAUAUCCUGAAUUUCGUGUAUCUUUGAAUACACUGGAAGAAGAAGCUCGUAAAAAUGGCUUGGACAAGGAAACAAUGAAGUUAGCACUGGAGAAUCUGAUGAACACAGAAUUAAGUGCUGGUAACAGCAUUGCCCUUAUCAAGUGCAUGAUUCCAAGGGAUAGAAUUAACGAUAAAGAUGCAAAAAGGUUAAUAGCAUGGUUUCUAUCUAUCCCUGUAUCAGUAACAACGCUGACUAUGAUAAUACAAUGGAUAAUUGGCUGCUGGGAAUAUCAGUUGAUAAACAGAAAGUCAAUAUACAUAUUUUAUGAUUCAUUCUUUUAUACCAUGCUCAAACAAGAUAAAAUAGAGUCGCGCUUGGCCCAUUUGAUUUACCUAAUGACCAAACCAGAAGAUGUUACAAGGAGACAAGUCACAAGGCUGUUGAAUUUAAGUAUUUAUAGCAGAAAGAUGUCUAAACACAUCACUGCCUUGCUCUCACUAUUCAAAUCAUACAAACCUGAAUUUGUGCCUGAGAAUAUUGCAGCCAUAAAUAUCCAAAGCACAUGGCGUCCGAUUCCAGAGAGUUUGCGUAGAGGUUUUGAGGAUGCUAGAGAUCGGAUAAUUUUGAGAGAAGCUCAAAAAAGCAAUGAUUUGUACUGUGAUUGGAAUAUUUUCAAUAUACCAAAAUCUAAAAAGAAUCAGGAACCUCUUGUGCCUUCUGUGAAAUAUUUUAAUAUUGGUUCCAAUAUAUUCAGCAAUAAAACAGAAAAAUCAAUUUUUGAUGUAUCUAAUGCUGCACAACUGGGUCAGUAUCACUCUAUAAUCAAACUGCCUUGUAAUGCUACAUCGUUGUUAACAAACGUCAUAGGAUAUCAUCUUUUAACAUAUGCAGACUUAGAGUAUCAACAAAGGUUCAUGCAUAAUUUGUAUUAUACUUUAUGGAGGUCAUUUAUAUUUGAAAAUGGCAGAUAUUCUAGUGAUGAGAUGAACCAAAUUCUAGACUUGACUAUGGAAUUCUCAAAAUAUAUGCAACAUGGAAUCUCAAUAGUAAAUUACUUUAUCAAUGAAUAUCUAUCUUGUUACAUGGAUGAAUAUGAAAUCAAGUUGCUAUCUCUAAUGCAGUGGAGUUCAUUGUCAGUAACAGAACUACAAGAUUAUGUAUUGAAACACAUGAAGAUUAUGUUUUAUAGUUCUUCAGUGAGUACUAAGUGUAAAAUCAUCAGAACUUGCAAAAAACUUUUAUUAAAUCUUGUUGUUGUGAAUGACACUGCCUUCAAGGAUAAGUCUUUUCCAUUCCUAGGUCAAAAUUUUACUGACAAACUGACCGAAUAUAUACAAGUUAUUGAAAAUUUCUGUAGAGAACUGGUAACAUCUGCAUUGAAUAUACAUAAUUACAACUCUUUAGUUGUAUCAGAAGCAUUAUCAUUUUACGAACAAAUAGAUGUCCUGGAAGUUUACAGGGAAACCUCCUUUGUAACGUUGGCUCCACCAGCUGUCAUUUAUGGUUGCUUUGUAACUAAAAGUUGUGCACUAUUGUCAAGGGUAUGUGCCUUAUUGCUGCAAUAUAGAAAAUAUUUUAAAGAGCAUAAAGAUCGAAUUUCCGUAAGAAGUAUCAAGUGGUUAAUUGUAUAUGCUGAAGAUCUAGUUAAUGCUUUAUGGUAUGAUAAUUGUUUUAGUAAUAGGAAUGCGAGUAAUAGAUACUUUUUAAAAAGUUUAACAGAAAGUGCAGUUAAAGGAAGUCCAAUAUGUGAUAUCGACAGUUUGUUGAACAUUUAUCAGCAUUAUGCUGUGCUGCCUUACAUGUACACACUGAGUACCAGUGGAUUGGAAAUCAAAACUAAGAAAGAUGCAAGUAGUGUAGCAGCACACUACUACUCCCAUGUCAAUCAAUUUAUAGCUGCUCUACUCGGAAUUAAAGAUUUUGUUCCAAAAGUAUGAAAUAUUUUGGACACUUUAAAAUCCUACCCUUGCACAAAUAAUCGAAAAAGCAAUUUAUUUUAAUUAAUUACAGAAUCAAACAGUUUUUUUAAAUUUUUGUUGUUAUAACACUUACAUAAAAUAAAAUAUUUUAAAAUAAUUUUGCAAAAUAUUGUUUGUGAAAGAAUUUCUAAAAUUUGUUAUCAUUUUGUAAAAAGAUUUUUUUCAAGUGUUACAUGUGUGUGUAUAUAUAAAAAUCAAGUAUUCAUGAAUUAUAAUGCUUAUACAUAUACUUAUCAUACCAGUAUAGAUGUAAAUAAAUACAUUUUUUAAAUAAUAAAUGCUUAAUUUAUGUUUUAUACAAAAAA